AUGUCUGAAAUGGCCAUGUUGAUUGCAGGCAAUCGCACACUGAACAUCAUAUUGGAACUCCGAACAAGCACCAAUGUCGAGUGCACAAUAAAACUCAUCCCAGGAGCGGAGCUAGAGGAGGAGGAGGAUCACAAACUGAAGAUACCGAGAAAGGCCUCGGAACCUCCCGGCAAACAAAAUUUUGAUAGUCAUGUUUCCGCCGUAGUUUAUACUCAACUCAAGACGCAAGUGACUUAUGUUUUUUUUUUGCAGUGUGGUAGUUUCCUAGUUAUCCUCGUAGCCGUGUGCUUAUUAUCCCAGGAAGUGGAAGGAUGGCGACGAGCACGGAAGUUCUUUAGGAAUGUUGGCACAGUUUUCAGACGCGGAUUUGGAAAUAUAAACAGAUUUGUAUCCAGAUUUAAAUCAACACUGAAUUCUUCGAGAGGACCGUCUUCGAAGGGAUCGUCAAAUGGGGAUACUAAUUCCAGAGAUGGGGACAGCGCUAGCUCUGAAAACAAAAAACAAAAGUUUGACCCUCAGAAAACACUUGAAACUGUUGGAGAAGUCGUCAAAGGAGUAACAAAUCUCAUCGGUGUGUUCCAGCUACUUGGAAAACGAUCGACACUAAAGGAGAUGUCACAAAUGAAUUUCUGCGAGUUCACCGCUUUUGACCUUGAUAAAAAUAUGCAAGUCACCGAGACAGAAAUUGAUAGACUAAUACAAGUCACUGGCCUGAUGGAACUAGAUGGCAUAUUCGAGAAUCUGGAUAUAAACAAAGAUAAUACAGUCACCAUUGAAGAGUUCUACAACUCUCCAGUCAUAAUGAAAAUUUGUAAUUAGCUCUAGAG